AUCGACCAUCCGCUGCAAGGGUCACAUAUAUGCGUUCUAGGUUAAUAAACGGGGCCGGUGACAUAAACGUUAUCAUCAGGUGUCUCGCGAUGGCUUCACAGGGAAAUGCAUCUGUUGCAAAGUCGACCACGUGGCCGAAGGUAGUGCUUUUCGGCGAUUCUAUAACACAGUUUAGUUUCUCCAAUGAUGGAUGCUGGGGAAGCAUGGUAGCAGAUCUUUUACAAAGAAAGUGUGAUGUCAUCAAUAGAGGAUUUUCCGGGUACAAUGCAAGAUGGUGUGUAAAGAUGAUACCAAAAGUAUUCGAAGAAUUCACCAGUAGCGAUAUAGCCAUGGUGACCAUUUUCCUAGGUGCCAAUGAUUCCAAUUUGCCCGCAAACAGCCAACAACAUGUGCCGGCUGACGAGUACAAGACCCACUUGAUAAACAUGGUGGAGAAAUUACAAGCGUAUGGCAUACCCAGAGAGAAAGUUCUCCUCAUCACCCCUCCUGCCUGUGAUGUGGAGGCUUGGGGUAAAGAUUGUCAAGCCAAUGAUCGUCCAUGUCACAAGUGCAAUAAAGCUGCCGGGUUGUAUGCGAGUCUGUGUAAAGAGGCAGCCAUGGAGUCUGGCACAGCAUGUGUUGAUCUCUAUACGGAGAUGAUGAAUGUUACGGACUGGCAGAAGCUGUUGAACGAUGGUCUCCAUUUAUCGACUCAAGGAUCAACACUUCUCUUUGAGCUCCUCAAACCUUUCAUCUUGAAAUUAACCUCAGGGAUUGAAGCAAGAUAUCCGGAUUGGAAGGAUGUUGACAACACUAAUCCAGAUGCUUCAUUACCUUAUUAACGUGUUCAUCACUUUUAGUGGUCGUUCACAGAACAUCGCUUUUAGUGGUCGUUCACAGAACAUCGCUUUUAGUGGUCGUUCACAGAACAUCGCUUUUAGUGGUCGUUCACAGAACAUCGCUUUUAGUGGUCGUUCACAGAACAUCGCUUUUAGUGGUCGUUCACAGAACAUCGCUUUUAGUGGUCGUUCACAGAAUAUCCCUUCAAGUGAUUCGUUCACUAAAUUUCAUGCACUUUUAGUGGUUGUUCAUGAUCACUGUUCAUCACUUUUAUAAUUAGUUGUAAACUGAACAUCACUUUUAGUGGUCGUUCACAGAACAUCGCUUUUAGUGGUCGUUCACAGAACAUCGCUUUUAGUGGUCGUUCACAGAAUAUCCCUUCAAGUGAUUCGUUCACUAAAAUUCAUGCACUUUUAGUGGUUGUUCAUGAUCACUGUUCAUCACUUUUAUAAUUAGUUGUUGUAAACUGAACAUCACUUUUAGUAGGCGUUUAGUAGAUGUAUAAAGAGAAUUUAAUAUAUUUUCAUUUAAAGAUAUUAUUGCCACCAAUUAUAUUGAAACCCAAAUUUAAAGUAGGUUUCGACGACACGAGACUUUGUUGUUAAUUCAAAUGUUGUUAUUUGUUUUAUUAAUAUGACAUAUUUUUACAUUGAAAGGCCUUGAUUGAAAUAUUUCCUCGCCAUCUUCAGAUAUUCUUCUUGUCACAUUUCACAAUUUUAGUCGGCACCAUUUCACAGAAUGUUACUGGAGGCAACUAAUAUGUGAAUUUUCACAUGUUCUUCCCUAUGGUCCAUAUAUAGUCAUACAACAGUCUUUGAUUUUUGGAGUCAAAAUAUGUAGCACUAUUGAUAUUUCUGUGGGAAUAUGUCAGGGAUCUUUCCACUCAAACUCACAAAGGUAAAUUUCAUUAUAUAGUGCAGCCUUGUAAAGCCAUGUUGCAUUUUGAGAGUGCAUGAUUAAAACCUGCAAUGGCCAAUUUACAGCCAUCUUGGAUUUUAAUAUUAAUGAUGCUACAGGCAAGUGAUGUAAAUUACUAAAGUACCACAACAGUACAAAUAGAAUUAUGGAAAUGUGACCUGAAACGUUAUGGACAUAUAACGCAAAUCUGAUGGAAAAUUUUUGAAGUGCCUACCAGAUAUUAUAAGCACCUGUUAUUUUAAAUAAGCUGAAAAUAAGGCUGCUGUUCAUUCUUAACGGGCAAUAGUCUGAUAUAUAUAUAUUGCAUGUUUAUAAUAAGUGUGCUAUACCUAUUUUUUUUCUUCAAAAAAACCUUUACCUAUUUUAUAUAACAGAUUUGUAUCAAUUAACAUGCGAUUUAUAUUAAAUCUGUGUAAAUUCUUUUGUUUUCUGCUAUUGUAUGUAUGACAAUUGCUCAAAUGUGAAAUUGUGAAUGGCAUUGUUUAAGACUAUAUCAGUUCUCAAUAUUGUAGGUUUCAUCUGUAGGUUCCCCUUGGUCCUAAGUUGUGCAUGAUUGAUCGAAGAAAAAAAUGCCUGACAGGUGGCCAUUUUGAAUUUUAAUGUUUGAAGUUUGGUAGCACUACUUCUCAGAAAGUUCUUUCAUAGAUCUUUCAUAAAUUUGUGUAUGUUGGUUCACCUUUUGGAUUGAUCGGAAAACUUAAGGGCUGACAGGUAGCCAUCUUUGACAGUUAAAUUUUGUUGUCUCUACAUUUGUAUUUCUUGUUCACAGGAAGUUCUUCUUAUACUUCUCUAUGAUCUUAUAUGUAGGUUUCCCUUGUUAUUAAAUAAUUAAAAAUAAUUAGGGAAAGAUAGAGAAAAAUCAGUCCGGCAUAUAACCCAUACAUUUUAUUCAAUGGUGGACACCAAUAUCCAUCUGUGAUCUCACAGAAAACAAGUACAAAAUUUCGCACUAUUAGCAGCAGUGGUUUAUGUAAUGAAAGUGUAAGGUUAGAGGAUAAAAGCAUUGAAAAAUAUAAGUUUGUAGCUGUGGUAUACCAAACACCAAUCUGUCAAAAUUCAAAAUGGCUGCCUGAGCGAUUUGAAGAAAUACUCGGUUACAUUCUGUAUGACAUUUGAUUCUAUUCAUUAAUAAAACACAUUGCAGUACUAAGUUUACGAGACUCUAUACUACAAUUUACGGUGAUUCAGCCAGUGUAGGGAUUUAGCUAGAGAUGCCCAAGAAAAAUAAACAUUGCUUAAUUAUACGUACCUGCCUUCCUCUGGAAUCUUCUUUAAAAUGCUAAAAAGUUUUUAUGCACAUAGGAUGGGAAAUUAUUGAGUAAGAUAUAUAUAUUGGGUACAAAAUUAAUGAUAGUUGUUUAUAAAGGAUGCCUGCUCAUCUCAUUCUUAUGUGUUCCUUUGUAUAUUUUGUAUUCUUUGGAUAUAUAUAUAUAUUUUUAUAAACAGUGCCUAAUUUUUAGCACUUCUACAUUAUAUCUUAUUAACUUAUAUACCGUAAACCAACUUAAUUUAAAACACACAUAAGCACUCACCGCACGCAUGCAUGUCCCACUCACGGGAGGCCGUCCUUAAAUGACCUUAGCUGUUAAUAGGACGUUAAACAAAAUAAACCAAACAUAACCAACUUAAUUUCACGUUUUUUUCAUGGGAUUUGCUAUAGUGAUUUAUAUCCAUAAAAAGGCCUAUAUACUGAACUUAUGAUUGAAACUUUUUCGUGGUGAUUAAUUUUCGAGGAUUUUAAUGGCCUACACGAAAAUAUUUUGGUUUACAGUAUGUGUUAUGCAUUUUACCGACAUUGCGCUGAUUUCAUUAGUAGACAGGCUGCAUGUUUUCUAGCUAUAUAAUUCUAUAUAUGGUUUUAUUAUCUCAAUUAUCUAAUAAAUGUCCUGCAAUCUUGGUACGUUAUUAUUUGUAUGCAGAGGAAAAUACAAUUGGAAAGGGAAAAUAAACGAUUUAAAUUGA